AUGUAUCCCGGGUCUCUUUUUCCUCUCCUCGCGGUACUUGCCGUUGGAACCUUCUCCGCAGAAGCGAUUGGUUCAGCACCGAGAUGCAAAUGCAUUCCCGGCCAAUCCUGCUGGCCUUCGACUGCAGAAUGGAGAGCGUUUGACAAGAAGAUUGGCGGAAGUCUUAUCAAGACUGAACCAAUCGCACAGUCAUGCUACCCUGGUCCAGAGAAGGAUCUGAAGCAGUGCGCGUAUGUGAACAAAAUGUGGUCGGAUCAGGAUUUCCAGUCGUCGAAUCCUAUCGGGAGACCUUAUCCGUACAACAUCACCUGCGCGCCUGUGGACUACGCUGCAGGUCAACAGCCUACGACCUGCAGUCUGGGGUCUUUACCUGUUUACGCUGUCAAUGCUACUACACUAUCUCAAAUACGAAGUACCAUUUCGUAUGCGCGCGAGAAGAAUAUCAGGCUCGUUGUUACCGGAACAGGUCAUGAUCUUCUUGGUCGCUCCGAUGGAUUUGGUGGUCUUGAGCUGUGGCUUCAUCAGUUCAAGAGCGGGACUGAAUUUCAGAAGACUUACAAAUCUGAGAAUCAGUGUAAAAAGUCAAGCUGGAAGGGCAGUGCUAUCAAGAUUGAUGGUAAUUACCAAUGGCGCGAGGUGUACAAGGUAGCUGAGGCGAACAAUGUCAUCGCAGUUGGUGGAGGUUCUAUCACGCCUGGAGCCAUCGGUGGGUGGGCUUCUGGCGGUGGCCAUGGACCUGCCACGAGGAAUUACGGUCUUGGUGCAGAUCAGAUUCUUGAGGCAGAAGUGAUGCUGGCUGAUGGACGAGUCGUCAUCGCUAAUCACUGUGAGAACACAGAUCUUUUCCGUUCUAUGCGUGGCGGAGGGCCAGGCUAUGGUAUCACUCUGAGCAGCACCAUCAAAGCUCAUCCGAACGUCAAGACUGUCACAGCUCAUCAUCUUCAGAUCGCACCGCUGGAGAAGACAGAGAAGAAUGCAGAUCUUCUGGACGCUGUGACUGUUCUUCUACAGUCGCUUCCUGAUCUCAACGACGCUGGCUUUGCUGGCUACGGUUACUGGUUUCGAAACUUUCCCACUGUCUUUGUUGGCAACGCUACCUCUGGAUAUUCACACGGUGUUUGGACAAUUGGUAAGGGCCGUGAAGAAGCUGAGGCGGCUUGGGCUCCGGUGCGAAAGGCCUUGGCGAAGUAUGAAGGCAAGCUCUACAUCAACGAGAGCUGGGCCACGUACGAUGACUACUGGUCAUUCUACCACACUGAGUCAGGGUUGUACGACCCAACUGGCGACACCUCUGUCUUGACUUCGCGAUUGAUCGACCGUCAGAGCGUGAAGAGCUUCGACAAAGUCCGAGAUGCCGUCGAAGUCAUGAGCGGCAAACCCGAUGAAUUCGGCACAAGCGUUAUUCUUCUCACAUCCGGAGGCCAAGUCUUCAAAGACGCUUCCGACAAGACAAGCGGUCUACACCCAGCCUGGCGAAAGUCACACUACGUUCUCAUCUCAGGCACGGGUAUUCCUCGAACCGGCAACACUGCUGAGCGCAAAGCAGCGAAUGACGACGUGACGUUUGUCAAGGGUGCUGCGGCGAAGAAGUUGGCUCCUAAGACUGGUGGGUACAUGAAUGAGGGUGAUCGGAAUGACCCUGAUUGGAAGAAUUCGUUCUAUGGGAGUUUGUAUGGUGAGCAUCUCAAGACGAAGAGGAAGUAUGAUCCUUCUCAUGUUUUUUACUGUCCUACUUGUGUUGGGUCUGAGGAGUGGGUUGAGAGGCCAGACGGGCCUUUAUGUAGAGUUGCGUAA